AGCCAUAGUAUGGAGAAACAAGUCGAAGCUGCUACUACUGCAAGUUCCUCCGUCACUCAAGAUGGUCAGCUCUCGGAUAACGGCUCUACCGAUACCAUCGUCGAGUAUGCACCAGCAGAUUCGGCAUACGGAUGGGUUAUUGUUGCCUGCGCGGCAUUCAAUCUAAUGUGCACGAUUGGAAUCUUCAACUCAUUUGGGGUGUACUCUACAUACUACCUGAACUACAUCUACCCUGACAAGUCGGCAGCCGACAUUGCAUGGAUCGGGACAACCAGACAGGUGAUCUCGUUUGGUGGCUCUGUGAUGUCUGGCCCGCUAACCGACCGCUUUGGGUUCCGCAAUGUCUCGCUAGCAGGUGCAAUCAUUAGCUCGUCUGCGCUGCUGAUAUCAUCGUUUGCCAAGCCACUCUGGUUUGCAAUCCUGACGCAGGGCGUCCUGUUUGGCCUCGGCGCCACCCUGAUGUUUUCGAUGUCAAUGUCAUUGCCAGCACAAUGGCAUACAAAGCGGCGCGCACUAGCCACUGGAAUCGCUGUGGCAGGUGCUGGAGUCGGUGGCAUGAUCUUCACUGAAGUCACGCAAAGGCUGAUGGAGUCUGUUGGGCUCCAGUGGACGCUGCGCAUAUCAGCACUGCUUAUCUUCUGCAUCAGCGGCACUGCUAGCUUGUUCUACAAGCGGCGUGUGUCGGUGCCCCCUGGUGGCAAUGACUUCAAGGCAAUCAUGCUGGACAGGCGGUUGAUUGCCGCAGGGCUUGCUGCACUGUUCAUUUGUAUUGGGUAUUUCGUUCCAUGGUUCUACCUGCCCACUGCGGCUCUGGAUAUUGGACAGAGCAACCAACAGGUUAGCUACCUGGUCAUUUAUAUGAACGCAGGAACUACGGUGGGUCGGCUGUUCACGGCAUUCCUUGCCACUGCAAUUGGGCCGGUCAACACACUCAUUGUCGCGUAUAUCAUCUGCGUAGUCAUGUUCCUCACUGUCAUGCUCGCUGCAAAGACAAUGGCAGCAUAUACAGCCUUGGCUUUCAUUUACGGUGCGUUCUCAUCGAGUCAGUUUGCACUUCCGCCUGUUGUCCUUGCCGGUAUAUUCGGACCUCAGGCAGUGACUACGGCCAUGGGCAUCAUGAAUAUGUGGGGCUCAAUUGGAAUCCUUAUUGGAAACCCGUCUCAGGGCGCGGUGUAUCAAGCCUACGACCGGCCACACAAGUCGUUCAUGGCCAUUACGCUCCUGGGGUGCUCUGGACUAUUCUUAGGCAUUGUCUGGUACGGCAUUCUCAAGGUGCUGCUUGUUCGAGGAACAAAAAAGUCGUACCUGUCAAGGCUGUGAUGGGGGGCUUCCCCGCUGUGCCAGAAGCAACAGACAUGCAUAGAUUUUCAUAAUUUAAAUUCCCCGGCCACAAUACAUUCUGCUGACAUUAUACAUGGCGCUAGUCAUAAUUGCCGCA